AUGCACUGCGUCCACGUAAGCCAUGAGAAGUCACUGGAUCACAGUUUCCUAUUCCCAAGAGAAGAGCUCACAGUGGCUCCACCAAUUAUAGGAGUGAAGCCAACAGAAAUGUCAGUGUCAGCAGGAUUUGCAGUUUCCGUGCAAUCUGAAAAGAUGUUUUUUGAUAAACCACAUUGUGUUUCUUCCAUUCUGAAUAUGGAGAUGACUCACCUGAAUGUGUUCUCUUUUGUGUUUUGGGGCACCAACAGCAACUUGGAGUCACCACUGAUGUACGAGGUGUCUGCGCCGCGGGAGGGCAGUGCCAGCCACAGUUUGAGAGGCGGCCUGGGGAGCUCCAUCACAGCCUGUAAGAAGGUUCUUUGCAGCAACAGCCUGCUCGAGUCUACAGACUACUGGCUACAGAAUCAAAGGACGCCUUGCCAGAUUGGUUUUGUGGAAGACAAGUCUGAAAACUGUGCUACCGUUUGCUUCGUGAACCUGGAUGUGAAUAAGGAUGCGUGCAGCACGGAGCACCUGCAGCAGAAAUUGGUCAAUGUUUCACCAGAUCUUCCAAAACUCAUCAGCUCCAUGAAUGUCCAACAGCCAAAAGAAAAUGAAAUCGUCCUUCUAAGUGGGUUAACAUCUGGAAAUCUCCAGGCAGAUUUUGAACUUUCACAGAUAAGCGAUUGCCCUUGGCUGCCAGAUAUCUGCUUGGUCCAGUGUGCGAGAGGGAACAGGGCAAACAGUACCAACUGCAUCAUCUUUGAAAUCAACAAAUUUUUGAUCGGUCUCGAACUGGUGCAGGAGCGGCAGCUCCACCUGGAAACAAACAUCUUAAAAGUGGAGGAUGACACCAACUGCUCUCUGUCUUCAAUCGAGGAGGACUUUCUCACCGCCUCUGAGCACUUGGAGGAGGAAAGCGAGGUGGAAGACUAUAGGAGCGGUGAUGAAAAUAUAAAUAUCUCGGCUAAUGUUUUGGAAAGUAAAAAACCAAAGGAAGCCACUCAGGAGGAAUGGAAUUGCAACAAGGAAAAGCUGCUUUAUGCUUUGGAAGACAAACGUAUUGGCAAAUAUCAUCCGACGAUGAAAGCAGAAGGAUCUCUGGAAAAAGUAGCAGCAGACACCACUUUGCAGAGCCUCGGUGCAUCGGCCGAGCCAUCGGAAUGGAAAGAUGAAGCUGUGCAGAAGGAGAGGCCAACCACAAAUUAUUACUAUUCAGGAAAUGUUAAAGGUCACAUGGAAAAAUCCCAGGCACCGUAUAUUCCAGGGGACACUUACUUCUCCAGGAUAGUUAAGAACGGUGGGCCUCCCGUCUAUGGUGCCCUCGCUGAGCAUGACAACAGCUUAGACCCAGGGGACCGUGAAGAUGGUAUAAACUCCCUUCCUCCCAAACAAGAUGGAGAAGCCACAACUGGCGAGUAUGCCACAAAUUUAGCAGAAUCUGUGCUGCAAGACGCAUUUAUUCGGUUGUCCCAUUCUCAGCCUACACUGCCCCAGGAAUCGGCAGUCAGUGUUUCUGUCGGAAAUGCUCUGCUACCCAGUGGCUCUUCCACCAAAGGUAUGGUGGGCCCUUGGUCAUGGGAUGAGCUCCCCAAAAUCGUCAUUGUUCAGAGUCCAGAUAGCAGUGAUGCCGCGCCUGAGGUGGGCAUCGCCUCAUGGUCUGAGGUGGAGGUCUCCGUUGAAACCUCAGGUGUCCUCUCUGGAGAGAAGUCCCGCAGACACCCUCAGAGUGCUCUAGAAGUCGCAUUGGCUUGUGCGGCCACUGUGAUUGGAACCAUUUCCAGUCCUCAGGCCACAGAAAGCCUCAAAAUGGAGCAAGAAUCUUUGGUUUCACUGCAUCCAGUGGGAGGCAAUGAACCGCUGCAGACUCAAAUAUCCCAAGUACUCAAGGAGCCAUCCAUCAGUGAAUACUCCUUUCCAUCCGCUCUUUGUGGCAUGACUCAGGUGGCAAGUGCCAUUGCUGUGUGUGGCCUGGGUGAAACAGGAGAAGCGAAGGCUCCCAGAGGCCUCUCGUGUGCAACUGAGGCCUGUGCAGCGGCCCCCUCACCUUGCAGUCUGGCGACAGUGGAGAACAUAGAGCUGGGAAACGAGGCCAUUGCUUGGGCAUUGCUCAAGGAAGCUGCUCUGGUUUUAACAAGGCCCAGUCCCUGCAGCAGCAUUGGAGACCUCAUGGAAUCAAUGAGCAAGAGAAUCAUAGAAACUGCUUCAAAGCCUCAGAUCUUGUGCUCAGAAAAUGUCCUCAGGAAUGACCUGGCACAGACCCUGUCCAAUGUUAUCCUGAAGCAAUGCAUUGAUGAAGCUCACCAGAAAAACAAAAUAAUUAAUCCCAACGAUAGCAGGCAUUCACCUGAAACUCUUGACACCUUGAUGGAAAGUGCAAAUCAACUGCUCUUCAGUGUGAUAUGCUUCACGUUCAAGAAGAUGAGUCAUUUGGUACAGGUUGGGGAAGGCCCCACCACCCUCGCUAAUGAGACCAUCAGCUGGACGGAAACGGAAUUCAGCUGCCGGCCACCUGACCAGGCUUCUGGUCUAACAUGGACCAAAGCCAUUGAAUAUUCCAGCAGCUAUCCACUUAGCAAUCCGUGUAGCACUAGUCUUGCAGAUGAUGUUUAUCUGAAGCAAGAUAGCAAGGGCCCAGCAAAGUCAGGACUCUUCAAGAAGUCCAUGCUGCAAUCUGAAUUGCCCUGUAGUCCCAGAGUGCCUGAUUCUUCAACUCCUAAAACACCCCCCAGAGAAAUAUAUCAAAAAGGAACUGCAGGAGAAGAUCCAAACAACUCUCAUCAGAUGCUCAGGCACAAUGAGGAUGAGUACAGAGCCCCUUCAGAGGGAGAAUGGACACUGACAGUGGGCAAGGACAGCAGAGGUUCCCAGGAUGCAGAGGACAGCACCAGUGCAAACACCCAGGAGAAGUAUAAUCGUGCCUCCCCUCUAAACAACGAAGUUCAAGUGAACCUGUCUUUGUUAGGGAAUGACUUGCUGCUUCCUGCUCAAUCUGUGCUACAGGCAAAACAUGCAGAUAUAUACUGCAUUACAGACUUUGCAGAAGAAUUAGCAGAGAUGAUUGUCUCCAUGGCAACUGAAAUUGCAGCAAUUUGCCUUGACAACUCAAAUGGAAAACAACCCUGGUUUUGUGCAUGGAAGAGAGGGAAUGAGUUUCUGGUUACCCCGAACAUAUCCUGCCAGUCCUUGAAGAGGAAGAAGGAAAACCAGACCAGUGGGGCCACAGUGAGGAAGCACAAGCCACCAAGGCUCAGUGAGAUCAAGAGGAAAACAGAUGAGCACCCAGAGCUUAAAGAGAAGCUGAUGAACAGGGUUGUGGAUGAGUCGAUGAAUCUUGAGGAUGUCCCAGAUUCUGUCAAUAUUUUUGCAAAUGAAGUGGCAGCCAAGAUCAUGAACCUAACAGAGUUCUCAAUGGUGGACGGCGUCUGGCAAGCCCAGAGCCAUCCCCGGAACCGCUUACUCAGUGGAGACAGGUGGAACCGACUGAAGGCUUCCAGCUGUGAAAGCAUCCCAGAAGAGGACUCUAAUGCCCAGGCUCAUAUUAAUAGCCUAGGUUUAAUGAGUACCUUAAGUCAGCCAGUUAGCAGGGAAAGCUCUGUCUCCAAGCAGUCCAGCUGUGAAAGCAUCACUGAGGAGUUUUCCAGGUUCAUGGUGAACCAGAUGGAAAAUGAAGGAAGAGGGUUUGAGUUACUGCUGGAUUACUAUGCAGGCAAGAAUGCCUGCAGCAUCCUGAACUCAGCCAUGCAACAGGCAUGCUGCAAAAAUGACCACCUCAUUGUGAGGUCAAGCUGUCCCUCUAAGCAGUCCAGCACCGAGAGCAUAACCGAGGAGUUUUAUAGGUACAUGCUGAGGGACAUUGAAAGAGAAAGCAGAGACAGCACCUCCUCCAGACGAAGCAGCCAGGAUUGGACAGUUGGCUUACUGUCACCUUCUCUGCGAUCCCCAUUGUGUUACAGGCAGUCGUCCAUGCCAGAUAGCAGAUCUCUGGGUGCCAGGCUGACGGUGAAUGCACCCACUAAAGCCAACUCUUUAGAUGGCUUCGCUCAAAACAGCCAGCAAGAUUUCCUAAGUGUGCAUCCAGUCAGUAGCACUUCCUCCUCGGGUCUCUGCAAAUCUGACUCUUGCUUGUAUCGGAGAGGUGGAACGGACCAGAUCACCAACAUGUUAAUUCAUGAGACGUGGGCAAACUCAAUCAAGGCCCUCAUGCGGAAGAACAAAAUUAUAGUGGAUGAUGCUGAGGCAGCUGAGGCUGAGCCUGUUUCUGGUGGCUCUUCCAUGCAAGUGGAGAAAUGUGCAAACAGAUCAGCUUCGAGCAGAGUGCAAAGUGGGCCAACUCUUCUUGUUCAGGAGUCCGUUGGUAACCCAAGGAAAGACUCCAUUACCGAAAGCAAACAUCCCCUAGUGUUGUCUCAGAGCAAAGCUGCUCCUCUUACAAACCACAACAGUUUAGAUUCUUUUAAAAAGGAAACUUCUUCAUGCCAUGGGGCUGUGCCUGUCAACCACGCCAGGCGGUCACUUUGCUCAAGGGAAGUGCCUUUAAUUCAGAUCGAAACAGAUCAGAGAGAAGAGUGUGUUGGAGAAUCUGAAUACUCCCCCUCCAAAAGCAGCCCCCUACAGGAAGCAGAGGAGCAUUUGAAAGAUGAAAAUGUCCCAGAUGUGUUGAGGGGUGGAGACACUGCCAUGAGUGCCUGCCAAAACCCUAGUGACAGUCUUGAUGCCAGAGAUGUAGCAGGGGCUGAAGUCACGGCAGAAGGCAGAGCCCCCGAUGAGUUCCCCAACCUUUCUGGCAGCAGCGGGGAGAGCACGGACAGCUGGUCCCAGCUUGCCAAUGAGGAGGACAAUCCGGAUGACACGAGUAGCUUUCUGCAGCUCAGUGAGCGAUCCCUGAGCAAUGGCAACAGUAGUGCCACUAGCAGUCUUGGCACUAUGGACCUGGACAUUUAUCAGGAAGGCAUAUCAACUUCUCCCAUGAUUAAUGAAUUAGUAGAAGAAAAGGAGAUUCUUAAAGGACAGUCAGAAAAUGUAGAGGGUGUCUCUGGAGUGGCAAUGGGGGCAGCCAGCCCCCAGGGAAACAUGCUAGUGAUCAACUUUGAUCUGGAGCCAGAGUGUCCUGACGCUGAACUUCGAGCCACUCUGCAGUGGAUAGCUGCCUCGGAACUUGGGAUCCCCACCAUCUACUUUAAGAAAUCUCAAGAAAACAGAAUCGAAAAGUUUUUAGAUGUCGUGCGGCUGGUUCAGCAGAAGUCCUGGAAAGUGGGAGAUAUCUUUCAUGCAGUUGUUCAGUACUGCAAAACGCAUGAGGAACAGAAGGAUGGGACCCCAAGUCUCUUUGACUGGCUCUUGGAACUGGGAUAA